AUGGCAUAUGAUAUUUAUGAAGAUGUUGACGACACAACUGUUCCUGCAGGUGAAGUAAAGUCAGAGAAACCGAAAAGUGACGAAAAACCGAUAGAAGAAGAAAAACCAAAAACUGAAGAUAAACCAAAACCAAAGUUUAGUUUGGAAACUAAACCAAGUCAACCUUCAUUAGCUGGUAUGGGUUGGCGUCAAAGACUUAUGGCAGCAGGCGGUUAUGUAAAGUAA